AUUUCGAACAUCAUUCAUUUCUCGCAAAAGCGAAUUACAAACGAUGUUCAAUUGUUCCAUAUCACUGAUAAUUCUCUUUGCCGUAUUGUCCACGGUGGCUGGUGAUCGAGGAAUUUGUGCCCAAGAAAAGUUGGAUUUGGAAAGUUGUGCGCAGCCUCACAAGGAAUACAUCCACUCGCUGUCCGAUGUAACUGGCCGUGAGAUCCAUAAUCCGAAGUUUAUGAAGAAGUUCGUGGAAUUCACCAAAACGGCCUCCUCGUGUAUUGGUUCAAAUGUCACGUGUGAUGCUUCACGUCAUUAUCGAUUUUUCCUGGAUUCUCUGACUAAUAUGGGAAACAUUUUGUAUCAAGAAAGUAAUUUAGAUUGUCUCAAGAAUAUUGCUCCAACUUUCCGUUUCUGCUACAGACAAGCACGGAUGACAUAUAAUACAUUGGUGGAUGUUAGCAGAAUUGUCAGAAAAAUGACAAAAUUCACUGAUUGUCUUCGAAAGGAGUUAGUAGCCAGGAACGUUUGUACUCGAGAUUCUGUGAAGAAUAUCAACGUGGCAGUGAAGAUAAUCCGGAAUCUUGUUCGUCAAUAUGAGAAAUGGACAAAUGGGGAGAUGGUUCCGAUGGUUUUUAAUAUUGAAAAAUUCAAGGAUGAUUGAUGUGGAUUUAGUGAUUUGAAAUUGAUGAAUGAAAUUUUUUUUUGUGUG